AUGAAGUGCCAGAAGCUUGCCUCGGCGGCACUUCGCCAGGUCCGUACACCUAUUCCCCGGACCACAGCUCCGUCCGCUUUUCGGAGCUCCCCGCCUGUCACGGCCGUACCGCUUGGCGCCCGCCACUGCUCCCGACAAUUCCACUCGAAGCCGGCGCGCAAGGCGUCGAGCAGCCCUGGCGAUGCAUCCAACCCAGCCAUGGCGUUUCCAUGCCUGGACGCCUUGGAGAAUCGAUCCGCAAGUCUCGAGGCGAGAUACGAGUCGAGUGGCCCCGAGCCAUCCUACACAGCCGGCGCGACCGAGAUAUACCACUGCAAAGACCCCCUCCUGCUCGACUGGGGCGGUGUUCUUCCCGAGUUCGAUAUCGCUUAUGAGUCUUGGGGUGCGAUGAAUGCCGACAAGUCGAACGUUAUCCUCCUGCACACUGGUCUGUCUGCUUCGUCUCACGCGCACUCGACAGAAAGCAACCCGAAACCCGGUUGGUGGGAAAAGUUCAUUGGACCUGGUCUUGCUCUGGAUACGGAUAAAUACCAUGUUAUCUGCACGAAUGUUAUUGGAGGUUGCUACGGUUCGACAGGACCGAGCAGUGUCGACCCGGCAGACGGCCAGCGAUAUGCGACGAGGUUUCCAAUCUUGACCAUGGAGGACAUGGUGCGCGCGCAAUUCCGCCUGCUUGAUGGACUUGGCGUGGACAAGCUGUAUGCCAGUGUUGGCUCCAGUAUGGGUGGAAUGCAGUCAUUGGCCGCUGGUGUCCUGUUCCCCCACCGUGUCGGCAGGAUUGCUUCUAUUAGCGGUUGCGCCAGGAGUCACCCUUACAGCAUCGCCAUGCGCCACACGCAGCGGCAAGUGUUGAUGAUGGAUCCUAACUGGAACAGAGGCUUCUACUAUGGCAGAGUCCCUCCCCAUGCCGGUAUGAAGCUGGCAAGAGAGAUUGCAACCGUCACCUACCGCUCGGGACCAGAGUGGGAGCAGCGGUUUGGCAGGAGGAGGGCAGACCCCAGCAAGCCGCCGGCGCUGUGCCCUGAUUUCUUGAUCGAGACCUACCUCGAUCAUGCAGGUGAGAAGUUCUGUCUGACCUACGAUCCCAACAGUCUGCUCUACGUCAGCAAGGCGAUGGACUUGUUUGAUCUCGGCCGGGACAACCAGCUUGCCGCCAGCGCGAGGAGAGCAGAGCGUGAGAAGCUUCUUCAGUCCGGAGUUUCACCUGUUAGAAAUGAUGCCGCGUGCAGCCUGACUCUCCCCGAAAUUCCCUACGAGGAGCAGCCCGAAUCCAAUGCUGGUGUUUCGGACCAGCCCGUGGAAGUAUCCUCCAGACCUCCUGAAGAUCUGAUCGCUGGUCUCGCGCCUUUGAGAGAUACUCCCGCGCUAGUCAUUGGUGUUGCCAGCGACAUUCUCUUCCCCGCUUGGCAGCAGAGGGAAAUCGCUCAGUCCCUCAAGCUGUCUGGCAACAGAAACGUUGCACACGUGGAGUUGAGUGAGGAGAUGAGUUUCUUUGGCCAUGACACCUUCCUUUUGGAUCUGAAGAACAUUGGCGGAAACCUGAAGAACUUCUUGGGUUGA